AUGCCCGUUGAAUUUAAUGCUAACACCCAAAACCAUCAGCAAGAGGGGCUUUUUGUUCCGUCAUAUUUGACAGGUAAGAACUCGCGACUUCCAACAUCCAACAUGAAACCUAUGAGCAGCGACGUAGACUUCUCCAAAAGUCCAUUCGAUAAAGUCCAACUGACCAAGCUGCUCAUAGAUACGCUGCACGAAAUGGGGUAUGCUGAAACUGCAAUAUCACUACAGCAGGAAAGUGGCGGAAUUGAAGUCGAAUCUGGCGCUGUGCAAAGACUGUUUGCGGCCAUCAAACAGGGCAAAUUUGAACAUAUUGACUUAGAAAUGCUUCUGAGCUUACCGCUGAAACGCGGUAACCUGAAAACCUACAUUUCGGAGCGCAACUCGAAUCAUCCCUCGUCGCAAGGUAGUAAUGUAGAAUCCGAAACCACAGCGAUGAAUGAAGAUGAUGAGGAUGCUAUGAGAAUAGAUAACAUCAUAGUCAAGAAUGCAGACUGGAACCGUUUCUUUUCCACCAUGCAAAAGGAACUGACUGUACUGGAAACCCUUGUUCAAAGUAUGGCGAGCUUUGACGUAAAGGCCCUCACCAGCUUGCUGGAUACUGUAGAGAUUCUGGUACUAAUCAACAGGGAAGUAUUUCUGGAGCUCAUGUUCGACCAACAAGAUUCAUCGCUGGCGGUGUUUUUUUUGAGAACAGUUUUCCGCAAAUUCAUUCAGCUUUGGGAAUCUUUGCUCAUGUAUCAAGAGAGCUCCUAUGCAUUAACACCAGAUGCUUUACUAAAACAAAUGACUAGCGUUUUAACAUGUCCCUUCGACUCUGCUGAACUCUCAGAUGUGUGGCCAAGAAAUGCGGAGAAGUCAAGACAGUUAUUGAUAAGGUCUAUUUCGAAGUAUAUUGACCCAAACGAUUUAGUUCCACGCGGUAGAUUAUUGACUCUACUCAGUCAGGCUAUCAAGUAUCAAAACUCCCAGGAUGUACUGAAUUUCGAGUGCGAAGAAGAUGAAAACAUGGCAGCAAACAGCUCCCGGCGGUACAAUUUACUUCAAGAUAACAGCUCGACAUCACACCGAAUCUCUUUUACUGCGGAAAAAAAACUCGCGCAAAACGCUGAUGAAAUAUGGUACCUUGAAUUUUCUCCCGAUGGGAAAUACUUGGCUAGUGCAUCUGCCGACUCUCUCACGGAUCGCAAAGUGCUUAUUUAUGAUGUUGAAAAUGACUUUCAAGUAUACAAAGUACUUGGCGGUAACGAACAGUGUGUCUUAUAUCUGUCUUUUUCCCCUGACAGCAAGUAUUUGAUUUCGUGUCCCUUCAACGAAGAAGCGAAGAUAUAUGAUAUUCACAAAAAGGGAGAACCCACAAGUAUAAAUCAAGAAUUCGAAGGUGCUAUUAUUGCGGAGAUAAUUCAGCCGUAUGACUCCUUCAAAAUCUGUGAGGGUGAAGGAAUAUCGAAUAGCACUUCUCCUCGGAUAUGGUGCUGUGAUUGGUUUCACACAGAACGUAAUAGAGGUCGUUUCGCCUUAGGCUCUCCCGACAGAGACGUCAUAAUUUAUGAAAUAGCCUCCCGAUCCGUUUUGUGCAAGCUUUCCCAAGUUUUGAACUCCAAUAACACAUCGGCAACGGAACCUUUUCCAAGAGUACAUGAUUUGAAGAUAACUUACGAUGACAAGUACUUGAUCAUCAUGGCCCAUGAAUUUUUUGUUGAUACUUAUGACGUCUCCAAUUUACCUCCAGUAAGACACGAUGACAACAGUUUAAGCGAGCCCGCAAUAGACAAAAGUGGAUUUCAUUUAUUCAAAGUUUCGCGCUUGAGCGUAGGAAAGAGAAUGACGUGUUUGACAAUACCCCAAGUAAAGCACCAAUAUGAAGACCAGAGUUCUUUGAUCUUAAUCAACGUUCAACCGCAUGAGUUACAAUUAUGGGAUUUCAAGGAGCAGAUCCUUAUUCAGAAAUAUUAUGGGCAAAGACAGUUACAGUUCAUCAUAAGGUCUUGCUUCGGCUACGAUAAUAAGUUAGUUGCGAGUGGUUCAGAGGACGGCAAGAUCUACAUCUGGGAUCGGUAUCAUGGUAACAUAAUCAGUGUUCUACAUGGACAUGAGUCUGAGCGCCCCUCAUCUUCAGCACGAAGUUCGACAAAGACAUUCGGGCGAAACUGUAACAUAGUUGUUUGGAAUCCUGCAAACAAGAACAUUUUUGCUUCUGGUGGAGACGAUGGCCUCAUCAAAAUAUGGAAGGUUGUAAGAGGUUAA